CAUAAGUCGAUUAAGUCAAUGCUCCUUCCUGUUUUUCGCGAGUUCCCUCUCUGUUUUGUUUCUUGUUUGACGAGGUUGGGCUAAGUUGGAGCUCCAGGAGAGCAUGUACUGAAGGAGGGCUGAACAGAACAACAUAGUUGCUAGAGAGGAAGGGCUGUGUCUUUGAAAACCUUUACAGGACUUUUUAAGUGGAGAGUCUUGACGGCGCCCACGAGAUUAGACCCCAGGAGUAGCCAAAUGACGCAAUGGGGGGUUGUUGAGUAGGGGGUUAUGGGAUAGGGAGGUGGUGAGAAAAGGGUAGUAAAUACUGGGACGCUGAAUUUAAUAUUCCUUCCCCUGAUCUACAUCACACACAUCCUGACUGUAGGAAAGGAAAGGAGAGGGCCUUAAAGGAGCAUGGAAGCACUGAGGGAGUCUUUUCUGCAUUUGACCUUUCAGAUGUCCACGUACAAGAGGGCCACUCUGAACGAAGAUGACCUGGUAGAUUCCAACGGGGAUGAGUUCUACCCCCCUGCCAUGCAGGUGACACUGCGACAUGGUCCUGGUCCCAGGUGUUGGGCUGAGAAGACAUACACUGAACGGAGGCUGUUGGUCCUAGUGUGUGCAUUGUCUGUUGCCUUGUUCUUCUCUCUCAUCACUGUUGGGAUCUUCUACAAAGAGACUCACCCAGGUGUGUGUCGGACAGAACCAUGCAUUAUUGUGGCCAGUGCUGUGAUUGGAGCCCUGGACCGUUCUGUGGACCCCUGCCACGACUUCUACAGCUUUGCCUGUGGGGGAUGGGUACGGAACAACCCCCUCCCUGAGGGAAAGUCCCGAUGGGGUCCCUUCAGCAACCUAUGGGAGCGCAACAUGGCCAUCAUGAAGCACCUGCUAGAGAACACCACCGUGAAGGGGCUGAGCAAGGCUGAGGAGAAUGCCGCCAUGAAGGGGCUGAGCAAGGCUGAGGAGAAUGCCCAGAUGUAUUACAAGGCAUGUAUGAAUGAGACUAAGAUCGAGGAAUUAGGAGCUCAGCCUCUACAGCAGCUUAUCAAUCAGGAGAUCAUACAUUUUAUUUUACAGACAGGAGGAUGGGCCCUAACUGGCUCCUGGGACAAGAACAAUUUCCAGGAGGUUCUACGCACAGUGUCAGCCAACUACCAUUGCUCCCCCUUCUUCACUGUGUUUGUCAGUACAGACUCCAAGUGCUCCAACCACAAUAUUAUUCAGGUGGAUCAAUCUGGGCUGGGGCUCCCCUCUCGGGAUUAUUACCUCAACAAAACUGCCAAUGCAAAGUAUCUGAAUGCAUACCUAGACUUCCUGGUGGAGUUAGGGGUCCUGUUGGGUGGCUCACAGGACACAUCCAGAUCGCUGAUGCAGGAUAUUGUGGACUUUGAGACCACCCUGGCCAACAUCACCGUACCCCAGGAGGAGAGGAGGGACGAGGAGCUAAUUUACCAUAAGAUCCAGGCAAAGGAUCUGGCGACAUUGGCUCCUGCGGUGGACUGGAUGCCUUACCUCACAGACGUGUUUGCUCCUGUUCUUCUAAAUGACUCCGAGCCUGUGGUGGUGUACGCCAAGGACUACCUCCAGAAGGUCUCUGACCUCAUUGCAAGCACUAACAAGAGUGUCCUGAACAACUACAUGAUCAUGAAGGUGGUGAGGAAGAUGGUGUCCAUCCUGGACAAGAAGUUCCAGGAUGCUGAGCAGCGCUUCUUUGAAGUCAUGUAUGGAACCAAGAAGAGCUGCACCCCACGCUGGAAGCUGUGCGUCAGCGACACAGACAGUGCCCUCGGCUUUGCUCUCGGGGCCCUCUUUGUCAAAGCCACUUUUGCUGAGGACAGCAAGGCCAUUGCAGAAGAUAUGGUCUCUGAGAUCAAAUGGGCAUUUGAGGACAGCCUGAAGUAUGUGGACUGGAUGGAUCAGGGGACCAAAAAGGCAGCCAGAGAGAAGGCUGAAGCCAUUUACAACAUGGUUGGAUAUCCAAAAUUCAUAAUGGACCCCAAGGAGCUUGACAAAGUGUUCAAUGAUUUUGAGGUGGUGUCUGACCUGUAUUUUCAAAAUGUCAUGCAGUACUACAACUUCUCUGCCAGAGUGACUGCGGACCAGUUAAGGAAAACCCCCAACAGAGAUCAGUGGAGCAUGACCCCUCCUACGGUUAAUGCAUACUAUAAUCCUACCAAGAAUGAGAUGGUGCUCCCUGCGGGAAUCCUUCAAGCUCCUUUUUAUAGCCUCUCAUGGCCAAAGGCCCUGAACUUUGGGGGGAUUGGUGUAGUUAUGGGACAUGAGUUGACACAUGCUUUUGAUGACCAAGGGAGGGAGUACGACAAGGAUGGGAACCUCCGCUCCUGGUGGAAGAACUCAUCUGUGGAGGCCUUUAAGAAGCAGACCCAGUGUAUGGUGGAGCAGUACAGUAACUACAGCAUCAACAAGGAAGCCCUCAAUGGAAAACACACCUUGGGAGAGAACAUAGCUGACAAUGGUGGCCUGAAGGCUGCCUACAAGGCUUAUGUGAACUGGAUUGCAAAGAAUGGAGAGGAGGCCACCCUGCCUGCCCUGGGGAUGACCAAUCAUCAGUUAUUUUUUGUUGGAUUUGCCCAGGUAUGGUGCUCAGUUCGAACUCCGGAAAGCUCGCAUGAGGGCAUCAUCACAGAUCCACACAGUCCGUCGAGAUUUCGAGUUAUUGGCACCAUCUCCAAUUCCCAUGAGUUCUCCAAGCACUUUGGCUGCAAGGCAGAUUCCCCCAUGAACCCCAAACAUAAGUGUAAGCUUUGGUGAUGCUUAGCUACACAUAGGUAGGUCUGGCAGGUGGCAAAAUGGACACUGGGGACAUGGAGCAAAAAUAGAUGCAGUGGUAAAGUCUCUAAGGAAGGAGAGUACUGGUCUCAAUACCACUGAAAAUCCAGCUGUCUUACCCACUACACUUCUCAGUGUCCUUAAUGAGGACUGAAGCUGGAAGUUGAGCCAGAUCCAACUCUCUUCAUAAAGAAAAUUUGUUAUAGAAAUCAGCCUCUCUUUCCUCAAUGGAACUCUGAAAAUGUGCCUUCGUGUUCACUUAAUGGAGGGACAAUUUUAACACUGGAAACCAAAGGAAUGGUUAUAAAAAGGAGAACACUAAUGGGAACUUCUCUCAAUCAGAUUUUAUGAAGUUGUCAUAUGCAUUAUAGUGACAUUUAUUUGUUUGUAUCAGUUAUAUCAAUCCAUCUCUGUGUUGUGUCUUCAGUUACUAUAUAUUUCUUGACUGCAAAAGAAAAUGACGAGUUGCAAUUCCUGGAUUUGGAUUGAGAUAUAAUCCAGAGGAAACGGUCAAUCACAUCUACAGGAUAAUACAAGUUACUGUCAUAAGUGGAUUGUAAAAGCCAUAUUUUAUUAUUGCACAUGAUUGAUCUGGUCAAUAAGCCCAAUGUGUAGGCCUAGCUUGUUUCUGCAUCAACAAAACCUAACACUGAUUUGGGUUAAUGUCUCCAGUGUAUGUAGUAGUGGUGUUUGGUAGAAAGUGACCCUCACAUAAUUGGUAAAUACCUGAUAUAAGAGACAUAUUUAAACAAAUAUUCAUUCAGAGCAUUCUGAAACUCAGGGAUGUACUGUUUAACCUUUAUUUAACAAUGCAAGUACUGAAAAAAAUAUAAACGCAGCAUGUAAAGUGUUGGUCCCAUUUUUUUUUUUACAAGCUGAAUUAAAAGAUCCCAGAAAUAUUC